CGAGAGCUGUGCGUUCUCUCUAUCUCUCCUCUUCCAGGACGUUGGAACGCGAGGCGUAGACCUGACCGUGAAGCGAAAGAAAGUAAGUAAGUGGCGAGGGGGAAACCGAGCGCGAGUCGCUUUGUGGGGCCUCUGCGUUUGGCAGGGGAGGAGAGGAACGCGCGGGGCGGGGGGGGGCGUUGUUUCGGCGCGCGCAAAACGACCGUUGGCUCCCUCAGCUGCGCUGGGCCCAACCGCCACGUGCCGCCUCGGCUGCCUCUUUCCCCUCCUCCUCCUCCUCCUCCUCUUCUUAAUUUAACCGCUGGCCCGAAGUGCUACAUUACCUCUCCACUCGUGGCUGGAUAUCGCUGUCGCCAUCCACUGCUUCCGAAGCUGUGGAGUUUGCCGCGUUGCCAUGUGGGCAAGAGUGCCUCUGAGCGGGUGCAGAUCGCUGCUGCUGCCGCCAAGGGACCCCGCGACCUUUGCCCUACCUAGAGCGGGAAGGCGACGAAGGCUGCCAUAGAACGUGGCAUUAUCACUGAAAUGGUGGAUUGGUGGAUUUGUUUUCGAAAUGAUCGUCUAAGUAAAAAGAUUUAUUUUAAGGAAAUAAAUCUCGUUUGAGUAGGCUCGAAAGAGGCAUCUGUUUUUCGUUUCCUUUCAGUACAGUACUGUGUUGCUUCCCCCCCUCCCCACUACGUGUUGCUUCGACCUUACAGCCAUGGGCAUAGCCAAAGGGGGCAGCUGCCCCCCUAAAUCAAUAAAAACACUUAACUAACUGAGGUGCUGCCCCCCAUAACAAAGGCCUGCCCCCCCAACACAAAUGCUGGCUAUGCCCGUGCUUACAGCCAGUCAGAGAGCCCCUGCUUUCCUGGAUGCCAAAUGUGUUGUAUUGCAAGUCACUUUGGGUUGUCGUGGAAGUGACUGGCCAAUUUAAUUAAUAAUAAUAAUAAUAAUAAUAAUAAUGUUAAUAGUAUAUUAGACUGGCAAUUUGUUGCUGUACUCAGUCAGCUCAAUGUCCCCUCGUGCCAGCAAUUAUGUCCUUAACAGCUUUGGGACCCCACAUAUCCACAUCAUACUUUUAAUAAUUAUAAAUUUAUUAUUUAUACCCCGCCCAUCUGGCUGGGUUUCCUCAGCCCCUCUGGGCGGCUUCCAACAAAAUAUUAAAAUACAGUGGUGUGUUAAACAUUAAAAGCUUCCCUAAACAGGGCUGCCUUCAGAUGUCUUCUAAAGCACAUUUGUACCAUUUUUAAAAGCUAUGCCUUCCUCCAAAGAAUCCAGAGAAGUGUGGUUUAUUCAUCACAGAACUACUGUUUCCAGCACUGUUAAUAAACUACAGUUCUCUGGAUUCUUUGGGAGGAGCCAGUGGCAAAGUGGUAGAAAGCUGCUUUAAAUGUAUGGUAUGGGUGUGACCUAACAUAUGUCACCACCCUACCUCAGUUUCUUUAGUACUUGCACCUCAGUAUUUGAGCUUCAUCAGUAUCAAAAACAUAAGAACAUCCCACCCACAUAGAUAAUCUGGUUGACGACGAUGAGAACAAGAUGUUUAAAUGUUUGGCUUUUUGAUCUGAUCCAGUUGGGGGGUUCUUAUGUUAGACACUCUCUGUAAUAGUUGGACCCUAACCUGUGCUCUCAACUCACUAGGUGCUAAUGCGUGUCUCAUUCUUGGGAAACACGUGUGAAGCUAGAGAUGGAAUACAUGAAAGAGCCUUCUACGGUCAGCCAGGGGAACAUGUGAGUAACAUACUGUCUUUGACAGCCAUACAGGAAGGAGUGUUAUCCUUCAUGUGAAUAUAUGUGUGGGAGAGUCACUAUAGUGUAGUGGUUAGUAGGCCUGGGUGAUACCGUAUUGGCCCAAAUAUAAGCCGCAUCUUUAAAAUUGGAGGGGGGGGGAGAGAGAAAAUACCCAAAUAUAAGCCGCUCCAUUCAUCACUGCUCCUGGCUGCAUACAGGGGAGGGGGAGCUGACUUUUCCCUUUCCUCACUCUCUCCCUUCCUGGCCUUAAGAGAGAGGAUGGGGGGGACUACGCAGGGGCCCUGUUUGCCCUGCGCUCCUGGCCGCAUACUGUAAGGUCGCGAAUAUAAGCUGCACUUUAACUUUUCACAGUCGGAAUUUGGGGGGAAAGUGACGCUUAUAUUCAGGCCAAUACGGUAUAUUGAUAUACCAGGAUCGGUAUGAGGAGCAGACUGCAAUGUCGGCUUCACUCAGCGGUAUAUCGCCAGCAUUCCUUCCUCCAGCAGCACUGCUAGCAGAGGGACUCGGGAGCAGUGGCAGUUUCACCAGCGAUAUACCACUGAAUGAAACUGCCAUUGCACUCUGCCCUCAUGAUGCAGAGGAAGAAACAAGCUGAAUCAGUGCGGCUGGGGAGCGGGAACCUUCCUGAUCCCCAGCUGAGCUGCGCAAAGCAGCCCUGGCGUUCAUGCCCCUUGCGUGUGAGCAGGGAAGUGCUGGGGCUGUCUCAGCUGGGGAGGGGGAAUCUUCCUCCUCCCCAGCUGAGCUGUGCAAACAAGCUGCCUUGUCCCAGCCCGUGAGCGCUUGGGUGAAACCGCCUCAGUUCCCGAGGUGAGAGCUGGAACAAUUUCACCAGGUGCCUCGUGGACAGAGGCGAAUGCAGCUUGUUUUUUCAGCAUCGCAGUAUAUCGCCAAACUGUGAUGUUUGGCUGGCGAGACACCAUGAUGUUGAAAAGCUGAUAUCGCCCAGCCCUAGUGGUUAGAGUGUUGGACUAGGACCUGGGAACCAGGGUUCAAAUCCCUACUCAGCAUUGAAGGUGACCUUGGACCAGUCAUUCACUAUCAUCUGAACUACCUCACUAUUGUGAGAAUAGAUUGGGGGCAGCUCUGUAUGAUACCUGGAAGGUAAGGUGGGAUAUAAAUGAAAUAAAUGAAUAAGUUGCUUGUUUGAAAUCAGUUGAUAUCUCCUUAUAUGUGGAGGACUAAGGCAGAGCUGGAAGUUUUUCCCCCCUGGUGUAUUUGCUUUCCACUAUGCAAGAAUUGGGAAAGAUUGAGGGCACAAGAAGAAGAGGACGACAGAGGACAAGAUGGUUGGACAGCGUUCUCGAAGCUACAAACAUGAGUCUGACCAAACUGUGGGAGGCAGUGGAAGAUAGGAGUGCCUGGCAUGCUCUGGUCCAUGGGGUCACGAAGAGUCGGACACGACUAAACGACUAAACAACAUGCAAGAAUUUGCCAUGGAGGGCUACUUUGUAAGAAGCAGUUCUCCCCAUACAUGUCCUCCUGUUGUUUAUACUCUCAGAUGUGUUGGAAUAUCAAAGCAUUAGAAAUUAGUAGAGCUAGAAACAAAUAGUCAUUUUGCCUACUUGUUCAUGGGUCAGAACCUACUUUGUCAGGUGCAUGUACCAAGUGCUUCAUAAUUGAAUUGUGAAAUGCAAGAACAGACCUGACUCUCAGAUUAUUACUAAUAUUUGCAUCAAAGCACUUGAAUGAGCUCUAUUCUUACCUUGUUCAUCUUCAAAACAAGAUUGUUGUUACACCGAUCUAGCCAACUAGGCACAUGCAACUGAGAACUAUUUACUGAAGGCCAUCCAUUGUGUUGCCUCAGUAGCAUUUGAACUCUGGUCUCAUAUGUUUGAAUUAUAAUGCUGUCCAGGGAAUAAUCAUGUCUUUGUCUUUUGUGCAUUUCGGUUUCAAUGGUCAUUUUCUUCCUUCCUUCUAGCCUGUGCUGCCAGUGUGGCAUUGCAAUUCCACCCAAUCCAGCCAACAUGUGUGUAGCAUGUUUACGGACUCAAGUGGACAUAACUGAAGGAAUUCCUAAGCAAGUCAUUGUUCAUUUCUGCAAACAAUGUGGAAGGUACCAACUGUUUUCUCAAUCUUAAGGGUGCUGACAUAAUAUAACUUUCCUGAGUGCUUAUAUAAACAAAUUUAAAAAGUAAAAGUAGAUGCGUAGAUCCAGAAAAAAAUGGCUUAAUCCACAGUCAAGCAAAACCUUUUUUUAGGCUAAGGGGAAAAAUGCAAAAUAGUGUGCAAAGGCCUUAAGUCUGCUUGUGGCCAGAGUCCUUAAGCAGAAUAAGCAGGUAUUCAAAAAGGAUUGUUCUGCAUGUUUCGGUAGAUAAAAGGUUUCACCAAGGGUUUUGGAAGCAUCAGCUUAACAAUGGCUGGUUCCCUCUCUCUAGAAAUACAAAAAUUGUCAAUUACCAUGUCUUCUUUCUGUGGCACACAUUGCAGAGACAGAUAGUAAAUCUUGUAGUGAGGAAAGAAACACUUCAUAAUCACCACAACAUCAGUUGUCACAACAUCACUAGGGAUUUUCAGAGCAUAGUUGCUGAACAGAGAAUUGUCAGAACUCCAACUUGGGGGGGGGGGGCAUGUAGCUACCUGCAUACUUUCCAAGAAAUAUGGAAUCUACUUUGUGGAAGGUAUGGGUAGACAGAUUGAGAGUCUUCUGAAACAGAGUGCUUUGUUCUUUUGUUGCAUUAUGUGACAGUCUCAUCUUUUUAAAAUUUAUCGUUUGGUGUCACCAGUCAGGUGCAACCCACCAGAAACUUCUUUUGCAUAAGGGCAGUUAAAGCGAAUAGGACUGCUGCAUUGACUAUAAAUCAUUGCUGUUCAUUUUAUUUAAAGAAGUAGCUGUCUGACAUAAGGACAUUAAUAUAAUUAGCAUACAUUAAUGUUGAAUAUCAUAAUGUACUAUGGGGGCAUUAUUGUUUUGUAGAGGGGGUUAUUGUUUGCUCAUUAUUAUGUUAUGUAUUUCUGUGUUUUUAUACUGUAAACCAUCACAUGGGUCCCCAGAUGAAGGGUGAUGUGUAAAUUUAAUUAAUAAGCCUUGAUUUAUAUUUUGUAUUUGAAAUUGUUCGUGUUUUUCUGCCUUUGUCAUGGAGUAUGGCUACCACAAUAAACUUGAUGAUGAAAUAAAUAAUACCCUGAGAAUGUUGUCUAGAGAAUUCAAGAGCUCAUAUUAUAUUCACACUGUAUAGCAUAUUCUUUGAAGGUCAGUUUGUCUUAAUUGAGGUAGUUGUUGAGUUGUCAGUUACCUCCAGCCUCUAAUGACAUUUUGACUUAAACUUUCCUUAUUGUUUGUUAGUCAAAAUUCUAAAACCUUUCACUGUUUACAUCUGUUGUGCAUGGUGAUCAGUUGAGUUAGCAGGUGCAUAUGUAUGCAUCAUACUUAAUCACAACUUCUUUGACCAUUUCUGGCUGUAACAUUGUGAACCAUAAACCUCUGUUUUUGUGGCAUUCAGUAGAAAGCAAUGAGUUGUUGAAUGAUGAUGAGGAAUUAUUUUCAGAUCCAGAAGACUAGGAAAUUAUUUUUGUGGCAUUAGUGUUAUGUAGUUAUAAUGCUAUUUAAAUAUAGGCACUUCAUUGUAUAUAUUUGGUUUGAGUCAAUUUCAUGUAUUGCUUUUAUUUUCAAUUUUAGAUACCUUCAACCACCAGGAACUUGGAUUCAGUGUGCCUUGGAAUCAAGAGAACUUCUGACAUUAUGCCUUAAAAAAAUCAAAGCUUCCCUUAGUAAGGUUAGUCUUGUAGCUCUAUAUUUUUAUAUGAAAUUGGAGUCUACUAUAUUUCUGUAAACUUCAUUCUGCUUGUGAAAGCUGUGAUUCUUACGUGGAGUUAGCCACUAAUGAUGAGUUGAUUCUCCAAGCAGAUGUACUUUGGUUGUACCUUCCAGUUCUAUUUUGGAGGCACUGCAUACAAUGAUAGUUCCUUAAUGGUAUGUACUGGGGCGUGUUUACCACAGAAGAGCUGUUCCUUGAUUCUGUGUUCACAAGUACCUAUGCUAUUAGAAUCUAUACCCAUAAGCAUCCACAGAAACAUAAUGGACUGGGUUAUCACUCUUGACCCGUUCUGUUUGUGAGGAAAAAAGCAUAAUUAAAAUUAUAAGAAGAACUGAAGAAAUACCACUUUCAUGAUGUGACUAGACAUGGAAGCUGCAUGAAAUACCUUCAUCAUUCAACAAGCAGUCUUUUAUGAGAGAUUGAGAAGCAGAAUGGCCGUUGGACCAUCUGAGUAAAAACCCCACUUCUCCCAGUGCUCCUUGUGUCCCAAGCUGUGAAGGACAUCAGCAGUAAUAGCCUAGGUGACAAAACCCCAACCUGUGAGGGACACUUAAAGUUAGGUGGCUACAACAUUGUGGUUUUUUCCCUGAGAGCUGUCGUGCCCAAGAGAUUCAGAGCAGAGUAGUAGGAACAUGUUGGUGAAAUGUUAUUUGUAAAAAGAUUUAUUUACCACGAUAUUGUAAAACAUCAGGGCUACACUAUAAGGCACAGCAUAAAACUUUAAACAUACAGAUAAUGUGAUUAAGUUAUGAAAUAUGUUUUCAUCCAUCUUGUCCAAGUCUGAAUAGGCAUUCAGACAAAUGAAAUUAUGCUGUUAUGUAGCUGACAAAGAGAUGAUGAUUUAUUUAAAGUGCUAAUAGGUGUAGGGAUAUGUUUGAUGUAGCAGUUCCAUUGGUGUAAGGGUUCCAUUGAUGUAAAGUAUUUGCUGCUAACUUAGAGGGUUCUUGUAGCAGUUGGGUGGGGUAUAUUCUAAACAGCAGUUUAUGGCUCUGUACAGGAUUUCACUCCAUGAAUUUCCAGUUUGUGCAUGAAGGUGAGCUAACGUUCAACGCAAAAGUCAAUAAGCCAAUGGGCAGAAGCAAGCCAUGAAGUGGAAGCAGGGAUUAUUGUCAUCAUUUGUUGAUUAGGAGGCAUACAUAAUAGUAAAUGGAAUAUUAAAAGUUUUAAUAAAUGCCAUGUAUCAUUUCCUGUAUUUCAACAGUGACAUUAAUUGAAUGUAGGAGCCCAGACCUGUGUGGCACCAUUUCUGUUGUUCAGCAUUUGUAGAAAUAUACAAUAAUGGUAAUCAUGCAUCUCUUUCCUCCUGGCAGGUGCGGUUGAUCGAAGCAGGAUUUGUAUGGACUGAACCACAUUCCAAAAGACUUAAAGUAAAGCUGACUGUACAAAAAGAGGUGAUUAGACUUUGGAGUGACGUUUAUAAUUCAAAAUUAUUAGGGAAACCAGGAGUAUGUUGUGUUAGCUAGAGGAAGUCAAGGAUGUUCUUGCUUGUGACUUGCUGAGUUCUGAACAAUGUUGCAGCUGUAUUAUGCACCAUGAAAGUCAGUCCCAUUAAAAUACUAGAAUUUGUUUCCAUAUAAGCAUGUAUAGAACCAGGCUAGAGGUUUCUGUAUAUUGAAGGGAUCCAGACUUAGGAUUGGGGACCGGACUUAAUGAUCUUUGUAUUCCUUCCACUUGUAUUCCUUCCAUUUCCAUCAGUCAACUUUAUAGCACAAUUGUGAGGUCAGUAAGAAAAAAUAGCUGGGUAGAAAGCUUGGAGUAUUGAGCUAAGACUCAAUACUUCAGAGCAUUUGGGCUAUUAGCUGUAUCUCCUUUAAUGCCAGUUACUUUUUAAUUUUAAUUUAUUUAAACAAUUUAUUGACCAGUAAAUUGCAAUCAUCUGUAAGCAGUUUACAAUGAUAAAAAACAAAAAUUAUAUGAAAGUAUAUCUAUACCGCCACAUUAUAAAAGAUGGCAUAAACUAUAGAACAUCAUUUAAUUUUUCUAAAAUGCAUACAAUUAUUUAGAUGACUUCCUAAUCAAAAAUUAAGUAGUUGCAAAGACCUUUUGCCACAAAAACGUGAACAGAUGCUUGAAAGUCAAAAGUGAGGAUACCCAGCAAAUCUCUGCUUGAAGAGUAUUCCAUAGCACGGGACUGGCAACUCUAAAUACCUGACUUCUAGUUGAGGCAAGUUGCUCCACCACUUCAUUAAGGUCCAGGCCUUGCAAAGCCCGAUUCAGAUGUUAUAGAGAAAUAGAGCUGCAUGCCAUCAACGUGCUGAUGGCACUUUGCUCCAAAACUCCAAAGCUCUCAGUGGCUUUAUAUAGAUGUUAGAUAACAAUGGGGCCAAAUGGUACCCUGUGGAACCCCAUAACACAAGUGGCAGGGGGUCAAAGAACACUCUCCCAUGUUACUCUUUGGCUUCAACCACACAGGUAGACUGUCAAAGGUUACUCCCCAGAAACAACCUAGUACAGAUGACAGAAAAACUUAAUCUUGCACUUAACUUCCUUCCAUAGGUGAUCAAUGGGGCAGUUCUUCAGCAAAUCUUUAUAAUAGAGUAUGUUGUUCAGUCUCAAAUGUGUGAUGACUGCCAUCGAGUUGAAGCUAAGGACUUCUGGAAAGCAGUGGUACAAAUUAGACAGAAGGUAUAUUUGUGUUAUAUAUACAUGCAUUUGUGGUUGCCUCGUGUACUGAACUUGUGUAUAAAAUAUAUGGCUUUUUAAACUCUGGGUUGCGGGGUAUUGUUUUUGUUUCUUAAAUAUGGUACAUAUUUUAUAUUGUAAUCUCCCCUGUGAUGCUUGGGUGAAGGAUGGUAUGGAAAUUUAAUGAAUUUUGAAUAAGCUACAAAAUGCUUCAAUGUUUUUGGCAAUUAUACAUAUGCCUAGGUCCUAGUAUGUUCCACUAAACGUGCUCGAAUUUAAUGCUGAGUAAAUACAAUAUAGUGCUGCAUAUUUAUGUAUUCCUGCUUUAGUAAUUUCCAGGGUCUUAUGAUCUGUUUGGACCUUGGGUGAAGUAGCAACCCCAGCCACAUUUUCAGAUGCCCUGGGGGCCUUUACAUGAAAGUGAUGUGUACAAAUCUUAUUUUUAUUCCUAGACUCUACAUAAAAAGACUUUCUAUUACUUGGAGCAAUUGAUUUUAAAACAUAGGCUUCACCAGAAUACUCUUCGGAUUAAAGAAAUUCAUGGUGAGUGAUGUUUAUGAAGCGACGUAAGUUCUUGUAAAAGCAAAUAUGAUAUGAAGUACUUGCAGGCGUGAAGGAGAGGCUAGGUUUUUGAAAAUAAGGGCUUUGGCAUGUAAUAAAUAUGAUGUUUUGUGUAUAUAACGUUGGUCACACUUGGAGUACACCCACUGAAAUCAGUGGGCUUCAUUGCUUUCAAUGGUUCUGCAGUGGCUAACAGUAGAUAUCACCCAUAUAAUUAAUAUUUUGCAUAGAGAUGAUGAGAAAUAUAUUUAUUACUAGGGGCUGCCAUGCCUGCUUGUAUUGCUCACCAAGCCACCACCUCAUCCAACCUUCCAUUCCCUCACAGCUUGUUUGUGAUAAGCGUAAUAUAUUUUUAAUGAAGGGAGAAGUAGUUUUGGGACUUACAUGAAAAUCCAUAAGAGCUCUGAAGAAUAUAGAUCCCUAUGAUAAUAUAUCAAUAUGAACUGCCAUGAGUUUUAAUUCCAUAUACAUGCUUUCAGAUGGCCUUGAUUUCUACUAUGCUUCAAAACAACAUGCUCAAAAGAUGGUGGAUUUUCUUCAGUGCACAGUUCCUUGUAGGUAAGACUGUCUUUAAAGUGUGUGAUCCUUUGCAUAGCUGCAUCAUUAAUUAAAGUGUUUUAGUUUAGUCCCACUGAAGCUAGUGCAUAGAAGUAGUCUCAGUGUUGCUCUACCUGGAUCAGGGAAUCUCUUUAUAUCACAGAGGCAGCAGCGGUGGCAGUAGUGCCUUUGCCUCUUGCCUUUUUGUAGGUGCUUGCAACAACUACAAUGCUAAACUUUAAUUGUCCAGAAAAAGCAGCUUUCUUUUCUGCCUUCAAGAUGCUGACCCAUCCUGGAACUUCCCCUUUAGGGUCCCUUGUCCCACACACCUCCAGUUUGAGAACUUAGGGGUGGUUUGUUAAACAUAGCCAAAGAUUCUCACUCUUUUUUGUCAUUUGUGGGGUUUUCACUUUCCUGCCCAGUUUGUUAUUGUAGCCAUAAAAUUACCUUUUUUUUCUUGUUAUCUCUGAUUUGGAUUUGCUUUUUUAAAUUUCAGGUCUAAAUCAUCCCAGCGUUUGAUCUCUCAUGACAUUCAUAGCAAUACAUAUAACUACAAAAGCACAUUUUCUGUGGAGAUUGUUCCAGUAUGCAAGGUAUUUUUGACUUGAUUCCUAGCCCGUAAACAAGAAGAAACUAUGCUUGGGUGCUUGGGGGACUUCCUGUUAAAUGGAUUGUUUGCACUGCCAGUGCUAUAGAAGCUAUAGCUGCUAAGACAUAUACCCCAUUUUAUUCAGUGGGUCUAUAUAGGAUUAUAGCCUAAAACCACAAUACUAUGAGAAAACAGAGGCUAUCUAUUUCAAUGCUAGCAUGCAUUUCAAAGAGCAAGUGUACAGAUUUACACAUACAUCUUCUCUGGUUCAGUGUAGUUUGAAGGGAUAACUUUCAUGAGUGAGCAAGAUGUCAUAGCUAGAAUUUUUCAUACCAUCCAGUAUCCAAACACAACACAUAAGGAGUCAUCAAGUACUAAACAAGUAUGUGUGAAUCCUCUUGAGAAUGUUAAUUAUUGAACUGCAGUAACAGUUUUUCCUCUAGACUGCUGGUACAACACAUUGAUACGGCAAUAAAAUGCAUAUUGAAGUAUUUGUUUUUCAAUUGGAACUUUUGUGUUUGGGAAAGACUUGGAGAAUAUGUUCUAACGAUUUCACAGAUUAAGAAAUUUUACAAGUGAAAUGCGCCUACAGUUCUUACGGUCUGAAAUCUUAACUACUAGCUUUUACAGAAAUUCAGCUAAAGGAUUUAGUUAGUUGCUUGUAGUUUCCUAAUCCUCAGGCCUCCUUUUAGCAUUUUAGUAAUUCUAACAGCAGAUUUACAAUGGGAAUUGAUGAGCUUUUUGUUUUUGUUUUGUAAUUGCUUUGCUUUCUUUCCUUCUUUUCUCUCUCUGUUCAGGACAAUGUUGUAUGCUUGUCUUCAAAGCUGGCUCAAAGCCUUGGGAAUAUGAGCCAGAUUUGUAUUUGCCUCCGAAUAACUAGUGCCAUUCACCUCAUUGAUCCUAAUACAUUGCAGAGUAAGUUUUUUUGAUAUUUUUCAUAUUGAAAUGUAAUCCAAUAAUACUAAUAGGAAUCACACUCCCAUCAGCAGAAAUUUAUAUGAGCCUGAGGUUGAUGUAUUUGAAAAACUAAGCUACAGGCUACUAUGAUGGCAUCAGGUGCAUUGAAGAGAAUAUCAGUCCUAUGCGACUUUUCCCGCACACACAAAUCAUAAUAGUGACUUACAAGUAACAUCUGCAUUACUUCUAUAUUUCUUGUCUUUCAGUUGCUGAAGUGGAUGGAAACACUUACUGGCGUCAUCCUUUUAACAGCUUGUUCCAGCCAAAGCAGUUGGAGGAAUUUAUUGUAAUGGACAUCAGCAAGGCCCAUGGGAGAAAACAAGGUGCUGGUGCAGGCAUGAAAUCCAACAAAGUAAGAAUUUUUAUUCUCUUAUUUGCACCUCUUCUAGAAGCUUGGCCAGAUCUUUCUCCCUGCCUUGGAAUUGUUUAGCUCUGUCACAUGUCAUUUGAAAGCUGUCAGACCAUUGAUCUAUUUAGCCCAGUUUGCUAGUCUAACUGGUAGCAACUCUUUCCCAUAUCUGCUCCCUAAGAUCCUUUUAACUGGAGAAGCUGAGGAUUGAUCUUGGGCAUUUUGUUUCCUAAGCAGGUGCUCUGCCUUUGAGCUAUGUCCCUGAAUUAUAUGUUAGUGUAAGUUCUUGUAUUUUUGAAUGAGGUGUACUUCUUUUGAAAGGGAGUUCUACAUUUGAGAUGUCACUCCCAAGAAGGUCAUGUCCAUCUUUGUCCAUUUAAUAUCUCAGGUUGAUAAAAAUUAAAAGCAUUUAUGCACAUUGGAAUACGCCAACUUUUGCUGUGGAUAAAGAAGGAAAAACAAGAGAAUCUUUUUUAAUUAUUAUGAAUCAAUUCUUACUGUACACUUUGUGUAUGUAAAGUGCAUUAACUAUCACAAUUCUGCAUCAAAGUGACUCAGACUCCAUGUGAAGCAAACUUAUGUUUGUGGCGUAUAAAUUAAGCAAAUCUGCAUGGUUUUGCUUUAUUUUUACAUUACUUAGUCAGCUUUGGUUCGACAUGACAUGACAUGUUUUGCAAAAUCAAUUUGUAGGUCAGUGUAGCAACCAGCAUAUACCAUUGAUACAUGGAAUGGCAUUUUCAUUACAUUGCUAGAAAAACCAUGCAACCAUGAAUUUUAAAAUGUGAGAGAAGGUUUGGUUCAACUCUUAACAUAUCCAACUUUCAUUUUUAAUCAUAUGUGUUCUUUUCCCUUUGUUAUUUUGAAGCAUACACUUGCUGAAGCCUGGGUGCAGAAAACAUCAGAGUUGAAUACCAAUACCCAAUAUUUCUGUCGUACUCACUUGGGGCAUCUUCUGAAUCCUGGAGAUCUUGUGCUUGGGUUUGUAAUGCUCUAUUCUGCUUCUGGUUGAUGUUCAGUUCCAUGCUUGCAUACCACUUUGGAAGGCUGCAGGACUGUGCCCCUUCAGAACUAAUAACUUAUAAUUGAUGCUAAUUGGAGCUGGUUUUCUGAAACCUUAAGGUACUCUGAAAGCUGGGAGGUAUGAGGGCUACAGGACUGGGCAAGGUAGACACCUCUGAGUUUUCUGCAAUAUAAUGAUUAUAGGGAAAGUUGAUGACAACAUUGCAUUAAAAGGAAGAGGAUAAAUUUGAGAAGAACUUCCUUUUAAUAGCUAAUGCAAAAUAUAAUGUGCAGUGGGCAGUAUUUACCCUCAUGCACCUACUUGUUAAAAGGCAGAGUAAUUCACAAAGCUGAAUCUUUUAAGAGCAAUGCUUGUUCAGGGUUGUUUGUAAUAGGCUUCUUACUUUAGUCGGAGGCAGGGUUCUACAAACCCAUUCCCUAAUGGUGAGUGCCUCUCCCUUUCUAGCAAGUGCCUGAGUUCUCUGGAUUUUAAGAAACCAUUUAAAGGACUUCUGUGCAUACCCCCAGUAAGUGCUAAUCCUGGCGAUAAAUGCUACUGUGUUUUUCUCUUGGAGACCUUCAUCAAUAGCUGUUGGCCCUGGGCACCAUCCUGUUUCUAGGCUUAAUAAUAUUCUUGACACAGAGCAAGCAGAGAUGUUCCAGCAACAGGUUCUAAUCAGGACAGCAAUGGCACCAGUUUAGCCUCAAGGCCACGCACAGCUCUUCUGCCCUUCUGACGCCAGACCUGUCCUCUUAGAGCCCUUAGAGUGAAUUUUUCUUCUUCCAUUUCCAGCACAUUAGCUGGUGGCCAUCCCUGUUACACGCUUCAGGACUCCACAGUUAAAAACAUCCGUUUGCAACAAUUUUUUAGAGGUGGCAUUGUGCCAUGCCUUCAGGAUUGGGAAAAUUAAAAGAGAACACUGAAGGCUGUAACGUGUCAUUCACAUGCUGUCUCCUUAGAUGCCCAUAAUAAAUAUUGUCAUCUUGAUAUUACAGCUGGAAAAGUGCCAACAAACCAUUGGCACACCAAAUGCUCAACAAACUUUGUUUCUCUCCAGGCUUCUUCCAAAGUCCCAUGCAGAAUGCAGUGAGAUUAAAUCCUCAUGCAGAGGAUUUGAGGCAGUGGAAGUGGAGGAGAAGCAGGGCAGAAUGGGCUAAUGGCAACCAUUUAUAAUAAAAGUAGCAAGUAAGCCAAGCCAAAAUGUAUGGAGCUCUGAUUUGUCACCAUUAUAUCAAAAGCUCUAUAACGUAUCUCAAACCAAGCUGUUAAAUGGGUAUAAUUAUAUAAUUUUAAAACAGAAUUAAAAUCUUCUCAAUGCCAGCCUUAAGACAGCCCAAGUAGGUGGAUAAUUUGACAUUUCCUAAAGGUGCAAGGUCUUGAGUUUUAGCAAGUCUCCAUUCUUGUUACUGUUUUGAUUAUUUGUUACAUUUUCUGUAUGAGCAUCCUUUGCUUUUCAAAACUUCAUUCUUAACAUCCCGGCAGUGCCUGUUGUUGUUGUUGUUGCUGCUGCUGCUGCUGCUGCUGCUGCUGCUGCUGUUGUUGUUGUUGUUACAUUUUCUUUCCCAUUGUGCUUUGCUGUUUCUAUUAGAAAUAUUGACAUUUCUGAGUUGUGUAGAAGUAUGAUACAACUAACAAAGAAACCCUUCUUCAUAUUAUUAUUUUAGAUUUGACUUAGUGAACUGCAAUCUAAAUGAUGAAUUUGCAAAUAAGAUGAACCCACAUAAUGUUCCGGAUGUGGUAAGUUUUUGAUACUUCUUUCCUUCCUUAAACAGACAUUUGGGCACUGAUGAACAGUUUUAAGAUCAUCAUGAUAUAGACCAAGAAUCUCAAUCUCUUUGCUAGCAUAGGAAAUUAUAUAGUUUUUUAUUACCUUUAUAUGUCUGGGUUUCGUUUCCUGUCUGCCUAAGCUUUCUGUCAAGCCUUAUGCCCAUCCUGCACAACUUGGCUCUCUUUGUCUCCCACUAGUGUCUCUGUGCUUUCUGCCUGUUAGGUCAAGAAAAGUGUCAUUUGAUGAAAAUCCUCCCCAAAUCUUUUGCUUCCGCAUAAUGCUAGACAAUGGAAACCUUAUCGAUUCUGUCUAGGUCAUGAAGGCUCACUUCACCAUACCUUUCCCAGUAUGUGUAGUCAUUCCAGAAGCAGAAACUGAAGCCUUGGUGGUCCACAUACAACCCAUGCGGCUUGUGUUGCUUAGCCUGCUAUAGUGGCCUUUGGUGUCAUUGAUACUGCUAAAAAUAAAAUUCACCCUCCUGCUUUUCCUGAAUUUGUACAUUUGUUCAUUUAUUCUUAGAUGCAUUAUUUAGUCCCGCCAAUAUAUCUCUGGUGUUUUUAUACUGAGGUUUUUUCUUUAUUUUUUUGUCAUAUGGAAAUCUUAACACCACUUUAAUGAUCGCAAGCCUGAAUAUUCUGGUGGAAUAGUUAAGAGUAUGAGCGAUGAGUUCAGUCUCUGGUUCAAAUGUCAUUUCACCCAUGAAUUGACAGUGUGUAUAAUAUGUCACAUUCCGUGUCUGUCUUCCUUUCCCAGACAUUAACAUGGAGGCAUAUCUCACAGUAAUAUACAAUAUAUAUGAAGUACUUUCAGCAUUUAUGGAAAGCAGUACAAAAGUAUUUAAUAGCUUCCUUCAAUAUUUGUUCCCCCCACUGCCCCUUGUGGUCAGUUUUAACACUACAGUUCUGUAGUUGCUUCAAAUACCAACAGAGCCGUCUUUACCCAGGGGUGCAGGGCCCCCGAGCACCAAAUUCUGGGGUCGCCAAAUGUAUUCUGAGGGGCACCCAAAAAAACCUCAACAACUUUUGAGUUGCCCCCCCAAAAAAAAAAAUUGGGGCAGCUAAACUAAAUUGGGGGCAGCUAAAUAAAUUGGGGGGGCACUGGGCGGAUCUUUGCACCCCGGCAGUGCAUAUGCCAAAGACGGCCCUGAAUACCAAUUUUCAUUUACGCUUUCUCCUUUAAUGGAUCCCUCAGUAUUGUUCUGUAAGUGGUAUUUCUGACACAGUACCUUGCCUUCCCCUUUCCAUUCUUAGGUUUUGAUCAAGAAGAGCUAUGAUCGCACAAAACGUCAGCGUCGCAGGAACUGGAAACUGAAAGAAUUAGAAAGAGACAGAGAGGGCAUGGAUACAGAUGAUGAAAGGUAUUUGAGGGGGGGGUGUUCCGUGUUAUCUCCCAUUUGUUCAACCACCCAGUACAUAAUUUUAUGAGCAAAAUAAGGUGGCAGAGAAAACAACUUGGAUUUCAUGCAUGCUCUUUAGACCAGGGGUAGCUAAGGUUGUAUCCCCCCGAUGUUGUUCAUUUCCAGUUCCCAUCAUCCCUGACCAUUGACCAUGUUGGCAGGGACUGCCCUAGAGGUCACCAAGUUGGCUCCCCCUGAGUUUAGACUAAUGCUGAGGCUUGUGGCUGAAUUCUAUCAUGGGUGCCAUGUGAAGAGUUCUGUUAAGUGUUGAAACCUACAAUCUACAACAUAUUUUGUAAUAAAAAUUGCAACAUGGAUUUCACAAAAUGAGGCAAAUGUGGGACAGUAGAACCAGAGGGGGAGAGAGCUGGCCCCGUGUGUAUUUUGCAUUUUGAAAGUUUGCAAAAGUUGAACAUCUAGACAGGUGAUUUCUAACUACCUAUUAGACUAAUGUACUACUAUAAUUUCCCAAUAAGUCAGUGAGCACAAAACUCAUUGUGUUUCAAAACCAAGAUGGAACAUAAGAGCAGUCCUGCUAGAUUAGACCCCCAAAACCCAUCCACUCCAACUCACAGAAUGCUAAAGGACUUAACUGAGAUUAUUUCAAACAUUGGAGAUUGCCUCAUCUUGGAAUAGCAGGAUGGGCUGUUGCUAAAUUAUUAAGAGAACUUUUAUCUUGUGGAAGGAUCCUAACUGCAUUCUACCUUUGCAGGAGUGUGGUUUCCUAGUAGUAUGCAUCAUAGUGUGCUCUAGGAUGGGCGACCUCAGUUUUCCCAUGGAUCUGUUAACUUGAUAUUAAUUGAAAGAUCUUGGGUGCAUCCUACCUACUAAACUAGUGUAUGAAAGUUUGCUACCAGAGCUUUGUUCCUCAGUGCAGGAACUGAAUAGCCUUUCAGCUCUGGAAUAUUAUAGGCUAAGCUGAUUGCUGGAAUCUGGACGAGAACACCAGUUGCUACAUUCAGCAGUAAAUUAGAUGCUGCAUAGUUUGAACAUUUUAGAAAUUUACAUUGAUGUUGUUUCAGACUGGAAUUGAUGUAACGUGUGGUUGAAUCUCAUGAGUGGUUCCCCUCCGGUUGUAAAACAGCUACAACAGACUCCAGUUUUGAUGUUUUGGGUGAGGGGAUAUUUAACCAUAUCCCUCCCACACAAACCCUGUUUUCCCACAAGUGAUUAUUAAAGCACUUUUAUACUACCAUUUUAGUAUGUUUAGGGAAGUUUUUAAAUGUUUGAUGCUUUAUUGUAUUUUUAAUAUUUUGUUGGAAGCCGCCCAGAGUGGCUGGGGAAACCCAGCCAGAUAGGCGGGGUAUAAAUAACAAAUUAUUAUUAUUAUACCAUUUAUACUAUUGGAAUUCAUGGCAGUGUAUAACAAAAUCAAUGCACGAUAGUUGAACUCAUGAAAAACAGAUGGAAACAGAUGGGGAAAGAAAAGUAAGAAAGGGCAACCCAGUCAGACGAGUGGGGUACAAAUAAUCAUUAUAAUUAUAAUUAUAAUAAUUAUACAGAUACCAGUCUUUUUCCACAGUGUGUAAAAGCAGCAGGAGGUGUUUGAUGGCAGGGGUCAGACUCUGGAGAGAUCCAAUCAGGAAUCUCCCAUGUCACAUCUUAGCAAUUUAUAAUUUGAAUUUUUCAGACUAAUUUUACUUGCUCAGCUUGUGAAUGUUCAUCUUUCCCAGUAGUCAGACAUAGUUUAUAUAGCCUCCAGGCAAAAAUAUUUAGUUUUAUGUAUUCUAUUUAUAGUUUAUGAGUAUAACGGUGUAGAAUGCACCUAAUCCCCAGAAAAAGUAGUAAAAUUGCUCACUUUUAUUUCAACUUUUAUAGACAAUACCAGGACUUCCUAGAAGAUCUAGAAGAAGAUGAGGCUAUUAGAAAAAAUGUCAAUAUUUAUAAAAGUAAGUUUCCUAUGUGAAGUAUUUACCUUUUUUGCCGUAUUGUAAUGCCCAGAAAUAUUGCCUGUCUACAGUGGUGUCUGGAAUUCACAACCAAUGGUGGCUACUCUUAAAUUAGUUGUUUUCUAGUUAAUAUGUGUUCUGUCCACUGUUUCUGUCUAUUGUCAUGAUCUAAGUAUCUGGGGCUAAAUGCUCCAAGCCAAUUUAAUAACAUUUAGGGGGAUGAGAAGCUACAGAAGUACACAAUAACUGCCGGCAUCUCUUCCUUUCCCAGAGUAUGCAUUAGACCAGCUUAGGACUGGUACUCAUCAUCAUCUAUCUCCCCAGGUUACAUCAACUUAAGGAAGCUUUGUCUUGACCAUGCCGCAUGCCCUGGCAUGCAGGAAAAUGCUGUGCUCCUGCAAGCAUACUUAAUCACCUUCUGGAGGCACAGUUUGUCUGACAUUAGUUGAGUAUCUGAUGAGCUGAAACUGGCAAACAGGAUGAGGAAAUUGACCGCCUGACCAAGCCCUUAGCAACUUAAGAGUACCUUGGAGGAGCAAAUGAAAUUAGGGUUCUCUCCCCAGGACCAGGAUGCUGUAAGCUUUUAAGGACUUGGGCUCCUUUGAAGCUAAAAGGAUGUGGGGCAGUAAUUAGGGGCAGUCAGAAAGAACUUUGUCUCAACCUAAUUAUUCCCCGCUCCAAGGAAAUCUUAAGCUGUGAUGCAGGCAGCAACCCUAACAGCUUAAUAUAUCCUUUAAAAAUCAAAAUAAGAGUAGGGGGUAUAGUCUUGCUGAUCCCAGGUCUCCCCACUCCUCUCCAAAUCCUUUUGUACACCACAAGGAGGGGAAGAGAAAUAUAUUCCCCUUUCCCCAUUGUUCAGGAUAAGGCUUAGAUAAGCAGCUCACUUAGUCCCAGACUUCAGCAGUCUUGCAUUAUUUUGCUGAUGGAGGGGACAGGGCCCCCCAAACAUUUAUUUUCUUUGUGGUCUUCCAGUUUGUUCCUUCUAGUGAUGAAGUGUAUUACCAUCCAGAAACCUCUGCACACUUGGACAUCCCUGAUAUGCAGAAUUUAUGUCUAUGUUUGUUUGUUUUUUGAAUAGAAAGGAAUGCAAACUGUAGGAGACCAAGGGCUGUAUACGUAUAAUGCCCUCAUUCCACCAUGUAACUAGCAACAGCAGGGCAGAGAAUAGACACAAGCACUUGGUAUGAAUCCUAGGCGAAAGGGAAGCAAGUGGUCUGCUGCUUGCUCUCUUCAACCUUUUGGGGGAAGGAUAAUUAGUAUUCUAUUCCUAAUUAAUUAUUCUGUUCCUAAUUAAUCUUGCACUAUAAUUAUCCAUCACUCAGGUUUAGACUACAAAACAGACAUUAAAACUAUUGUGGAGAUGCAGGGAGAGAGCAAAUAUUUUGAAAAGAAUUUCCAUUGUUUUCUUAAAGAAUGGCUAGCUAUUUGACAGUUAGCUCAGUUGGUUAGAUAAAGUGAUUUUUAUUUUAUUUUAUCUUUUGAGGUCUUAUGUUGCUUUAUGGUUUUAUAGAUGCAGUCAUUCCUGUAGAAAGUGACACGGAUGAUGAGGGUAUUCCCCGGAUCAGCCUUGCUGAAAUGUUGGAAGAUCUUCAGAUAUCUCAAGAUGCUACUGGCGGAGAAGGCGCUGAUAUGUUGACAGAAUAAGCUAAUAGGUCUUGUUAAUGUGAAUAUUUUUCUUCCUUAAGGAAAACUAGUUAUUACAGGAACCUAUUAUAGGCAUUCAUAGACUUGAUGUACAAAGUUAUAAUCACAGUAAAAUUUGAACAACAGUUCAACAAUAAAUCAUGCUGGAAAGUAUCAUUAAUGGCUAAUAAAUGCAUUGGGAUAUCUACUAAACCUGAAUGGCA